AUGGUCACCUUCGUCACAGGCCACGACUCGCUGGACUCCAGGAUCUCCAAGGAGGAGGGCGGUGACGAGGCCCAGGAGGAGCAGCCGAACGACCCGUGGAGCCUGGUGCGGUUGGCCAUGCCAGCGGGAGGGAGACGGUGGGGGCGCCGCCAGGCGCUGGCGUGGCCGGCCGGCUGCUUCCAGCUGCGCUCCGACGGGCAGUGGAGCACUGGCAGCUCGCGCCAGCACGACCUGCUGUCCCGGACGCAGACGUACGACGCCUUUCGGGCCGGCAUGCCGUUCCAGCGCAGCCAGGUGAACGGCCUCAUCGACCUGGUCCUCGUCGGCGUAGAUGUCGAGGUUAGGCAGCAGAUCGACGUGAACGCGCUCGCCGAGCUCCUGUCUGUGUUCACGGGCUUUGAGGCCAGGGUUCGCUCGGAGGCUCUGGCGCUGGGCGACUGGGCGCACGCGCGUGCCGGCCCAGACGGCGAGGACAAGUUUCACGAGCAGGUGAGCGCGAAGCUGAUCUUGGACCGGCUGUUGCAGACGAGCGACCCGCGCCACGUGUGCACAUUGGGGAUCACCGCCUCGGACCUCUACCCGCCGAAGGACUAUAGCUACGUGGUGGGUAUGAACGACUCCCGCGGCCGCGUCGGCGUCUACUCGUGUGCCAGGCGCCUCGCGGUGCGGACCUCCCUCGGCCUCGAGCGCGCCGAGGGGGCCGCAGCAGGGCUGGCCGCCGCGCUCGCAAGCUGGGCGGCCGCGGGGGCGGGGGGCGCGGUGGUGCACGGCUACUGGUUCGUUGCGUCCUCGGCGGACUGGUGCAUGGUCGUCGGCCAGGUCGCCCAGGCAGCGAUCCUUGGGGCGGCGAACAUCGGCGGGGCCUGGCUGGGCCGCUGCCCCGCUUGCCCGCCGCAGCCGGGGUGCCCGGCGCCUGCGCUGAGCUGCCCACCGGUCUCGCUCACUUGCCCGGCGCCGCCGGCGCUGACCUGCCCGCAGGUGACCUGCGCCGCUCCCGCGUGCCCGCCGUGCGAGGCGCCGGCGCGCGAGGAGGUGACGCCUUGCCCCUCGCCGGCCCGCGAGGACGCGGGCGCCGACGGCCGCGUGUACGCCUGCCUGCCGCUGUGGGCCGUGGUGCUGAUCGCGGCGGGUGCGCUCGUCGAGGACAGCAUGCUGGCCGUGGUGUCAUCGUCCGACCUGGUGCCGGGGGACGUGAUUCUAGUCCGCUACGCCGCGGACGAUCUCUGGCAUGAGCGUGUGCUGUGCUGGGCGCUGCCCGCCGACAAGAGCGGUGCCGUGCACUGGGUGGUGGCAACGCCCGAUGGGGACAUGUAUGUGGAGACAAUCGAGGGGGGCAGUGCCGACGACAGCCCGGUGGAAUGGAUCCGCCCGGCGGCCGACGGACGCCUCCCUGCUGGUUUCCAGGACGCCGUGUACUCUUUCCAGCGUGGCGGGAUCGACGGGGCCCUCCGUGAGAAGUUCGUGACGAAGGGUGCCACCAUGGCGUUGAAGGACGCCAAGGAGCACGGCGAGGCCCCUGUAUCCAUGACCGUGGCUCGGGCGCCGGGCGGACGGAGGGUCCCGGUCGAGGACGUCGUAGGCGCGGGGUUCGUGCAGCCGGCGCUCCGAGACGGUGCCCCUGACACUGCAGAGUCGGGUGGAGGCGUGGUGGCAGGGACUGCUACGCCUGGGACUGGCGUGUGGCGCGUGGUGGAAGAGGGCAACUCGUUUGGCUACGACGUGGGGCGUGAGGUGAAGCCCGUGACGGUCUACAUCGGCUGCAAGGGCGUCUACUCGCCCGACGGCAAGGACGCGGUGUUCGUGGAGUUCAGUGACGAGGACGAGGCUGACUUCGUCAAGAGAGUUGCACCGCGUCCUCGGCCCAAGGAGGCCCCAGCGCAGGACGCGCGCACGCUGGCCAUCAAGUUCAACCCGCAAGGCCGAAUGCGUGACUGGCGUGAUGUGGUCGACAGCUGCCAACAGGAAGACUUCGAGGACUUCCUUGUGAGCGGCCCUCGCAGCAUGAGCUGGUGCCUGCACUUCUUACGGCGGCGCCACACCCCUCUGGACCAUCACCAGAUGUUCCGCAGUACGUGCUCUCUGAAGCCUGAGCAGUGGGGCGUGGCCGAGCAUGAGACUUUGUUGCGCGUCAUCGAGCUCGCGGGGCAAUGCGACUUAUUGGACGUGACGAAGCUAGCGUGCAUGGAGGCAGCUGCACGCAGGGUGCAGACCAUCGAGUGGGCCUACCACGAUAAGAUCAGGGAGACCGACGCGGGUUCCACCUCGAGGCUGUCCAUCGAGGAGGCCACGGCCUUCUCGGGCCUCAGCCGCGCGGGGGACCUCAUGAUGGUGGUGCCCGCUCUCUUUGAGCACGUGAAGUUGCAAGUAGAGAAGGACGCGGCCAUCGCGAAGAACAUCAGGAAGGCCAAGGAGGAGAGGGAGCUGAGGAGGAAGGACAACAAGGGCAACAACAAGGACAAGGAGAAGGGGCGCCAGGCCGUCGCCAGCUUAGCCAGCCAGGCGAUCUACACCCUCAACGACUUGGCAGGCGGCGAGCGGGGGUCUUCCGUCUCGCAGCCUGGCGAGGGGCGGGCCCCGCACGUGGUAGUGCAGCGACGUGUGUAUGCGGCCGCCGCGGCGAUGGGCCCGCCGCCUGCUCUCUCGCCCUCGGGGGCCCUGCAGGAGCUCCGGGGGUGCACGGUGUACGAGGACAUCCAGUCCACCGUGGUGCCCUUCGACGACAUGAAGCGGCUGGUCGUCGACUGCCGCCGCUCCAACUGCUGGUUCUCGGCUGCCGACCCCGUCGAGCUCAGCGCGGGAGCUGGCCUCGGGAACCUAGAGGUGCCGGACGGGGCGCGGCUGUACGUCGGCCACGUGGACAUCAAGGAUGCCUUCUACCACUUCGAGCUGCCGGAGCGCGUGCGCAACCUGUUCGCGCUGCCGGCGGCGCCGGCCUGGAUGGCUGGCCUUGCCGAGGUGGGCGGCGUGAGAGUGAGCCCGGGCACCCUUGUAUAUCCGCGGCUCCGAGUGCUCCCCAUGGGUUGGUCACGCGCACUGUGGGUUUGUCAGACCUUGCAUCGCCGCAUCAUCCAGGACGUUCCGGGCCUCGAACCGACCUCGUUUCUACACGACCGAGGGCCAGCGCCUGCGACCACCUCCGCGUGCCACACCGUCUACGUUGACAAUUUUUUGGCGCUGGGCACCUGCCGAUCGACAGUCGAGCGGCUGGUGCGUCAGGUCGAUGAAGCUCUGCAGUCCUGGGGCCUUCCGACGCGCGAGGUUGCCACGAGCUCUCUGGAGGAGGAGGUCCUUGGGUGGGAAAUCAACGGAAGACUGGGCUUCAUUCGACCGCGGCCUGAGCGUGCGUGGCGCAUGCGUCUUGCGCUGGGCGGCUUGCUAGAAUCGAGGAAGGUGUCCGCCCGCGACAUCGAGAAAGUUGUGGGGCACUGCACCUUCCUAGCCCUCCUCAGUCGGACGUCGCUCUCCAUCUUCCGGUUCGUCUACACCUUCAUCGCUCGUCAUCGUGACCUCGGUACCGUGCCGCUCUGGGACUCUGUUCGCUGGGAGCCGAGGCCUUCAGGUCAGAUCUCGCGGCCUGACGGGGAGCUCGACAUCGGCGACUGGGUGAAGAAGGCGGAGGAGGACAGACGGUCAUCCGCCGUCGGGUUCUGCGCCGCUCUCCGAUCCGUGGCCGCCCAUGGCCUUGCCACGGGCGCGGUCUUCUCGGGCCGCUGGUUCCCCAGCGAGUGGAACCAUGCUGACGGGCCAUCGCGGGGCCUCGGCCACUCUGGGUACGGAGGCGCCGCUGCUGACAAGGUCGACGCCCGGAGCGACCACUGCGCCGCGGGUGACAGCUGCGGCGCCGCGCGGGGGCCCGUGGUCGCCCGCGCUCACCUACCCAGUGCAGGCCUGCCCAGUGCUGGGUCGGCGACGGCCGAGGGCGUCCUCGCCGCCGAGCGCGGCAACGGCAGGCUCUUGGCCGGGCCCGCCGCCUUGGCGCCCGUCGGGCCCUGCGAGGCUCGGUCCGUCCGGACCGAUGCAGUGCGCCGACGCUACUCGGAGUUCCUAGACGAGCUGGACCAGUGGCUCGGGCUCAGCGGCCCAAGUCGCAGGCCGUGCCCGAGCGGCCCCCUGGGUGCUGGGACCGUGGGCCAGUUCGACCAGGACGUAAGCGACUGGAUGAACGAGCAGUACAUGGAGGGCUACGACCACUGGCGCGGGUCGAACCUGAUGGCGGCGAUCGCCUGGGCGGACCCUCGCCUGGGCCGCGUGGGGGGGCACGGGCUUCCCCUCUCGCGGCAGGCGCUGAAGGGCUGGCGAAACCUGACGCCGGCCGCCAGCCGCCUGCCGCUGCCGGCCGAGGUGGUGUUUGCCAUCGCGAUGGAGCUGCUGGUGAUGGACUGCUGGGACAUGGCCUUGUGCACCAUGCUGUCCCUCGUGUUCCUGAUGAGGCCCGGCGACUGGAGGACGGUGCGCGUCGAGCACCUGGCGCCGCCUGCUGCGGGUGGCAGUCGCGGGCUCGCCCGCUGGAGCCUGGUGCUGCACCCUGUGGAGGACGAGGGCAGCCUGCCAAGCAAGACGGGGGAGUUCGACGAGUCGCUGCUGCUGGACCUGGACGAGGACCAGUGGCUAGCGCCGCUUUGCCAGCGUCUCGUGCUCGGCCGCGACCCGCAGGAGCCCCUGUUCGCUUUCAGCCAGGCCGAGUUCACGCGGUGCUUCAAGAUGGCCGGCGCAAAGUUGCUGCUGCAGCGCCCUCCGCCGCCGUGCAUCCUGCGGCACUCGGGCGCCAGCCGCGACUUCGCCGAGCAGCGCAGGACGCUGGUCGGGGUGAAGCGCCGGGGGAGGUGGCGCACAGACGCGAGCGUCAGGCGCUACGAGAAAGGGGGCAGGCUGGGCAGCGAGUUCGCCAAGCUGCCGCUCUGCCUCCAGGGCCAUGCACGCUGGUGCCUCAGGUACCUCCCCGCGGCGCUCUCCGGAUCGCUGCGGCCGCGCAGGUUCCGCGCCCUCUGA